UUAAAUUUAAAAAAUAAUUAAAGUGCUAUCAAAAUGAAAUGUGUUAUGUUUAUAUAUAUUAUAUUUAUAAGACUAAUACUGAUCAUAGCUGAAACAGAGUUAAGCGAAAAUGAGGUAAACAACAGUUUGUUUAUCAAUGUUUGUGUGCACUGUAAAAAAUAAAUCGUACUUUAUUUAUUAGUCUUGUUUGACAACCGUUCAAAUCCAAGACUAUGAAGAGCAGCUGGAGAAACAAAAGAUGCUAAUUGAUCAAAAGGACCAACAAAUAUCCGAACUCAAAAACGAAAUCAACAAUUGUGCCAAGAAACUAAAAAGCUGCAAAGAGCAAGCUGUUUGCAGUGAUUGCAGUCACUUUGGAGAUGCUCCGGGUAUUCAUAAAUUUAAAACGAAAGAAGAUUCUUUCGAUGUACUUUGUGAGAGCGCGACAGCAGGUCCUGGCUGGACAGUUAUCCAACAGCGAAUCAAUGGCAAAGAGGACUUCUCUAGGGAUUGGGCCACAUACCGUGCCGGCUUUGGAAGCUUUGAAGGCGACUUCUUCUUAGGGCUUGAGAAAAUUCAUCGCUUGACGAGCGCCCAGCCCCAUGAGCUCUACAUACAUAUGGAAGGAUUUGAUGGUAUCAUCAAAUACUAUAGAUAUGAACAAUUUGCCAUCGCUGGCGAGGACGAUCAAUACAGACUGAUCACCUUGGGUAAAGCUGAAGGCAAUGCAACACGCGAUUACUUGAAUUACCACAGAAAUAUGAAGUUCAGCACAUUCGAUCGAGAUAAUGAUACUUGGGAUAAUGGCAGCUGCGCAAGUAAAAGAUUGUUUGGUGGUGGCUGGUGGUAUAAUAACUGUGCAUCAAGCAAUUUAAAUGGCAAAUACUAUACUUCUUCGACGAACGAACCGGAUGCCAUAUAUUGGGAUGGCAUAGCCUCGUUGAAAAAAGUCAAAAUGCUUAUACAACCCAAGAGCUAUUGAAAAUUGAAAUAGUUGUACCUAAAAACAAAUACAAUUCUUUGAAAUAUACG